UUAAAUACAUAUACUAAAAUAAAGCUAUAUUGCAAGAUUUCGGCCGCUAAAAUGCAACUCUGACAGCAGAGUUGUAUUAGAUUAGUAAUGCAGAGUAAAUUAACAUCGUAUUUUUGCGUACUUUUGUGAAAUUGUAUAUAAUAAAUUUCACCAAUCGUUCAUUCAUUCCCUCGUAAUUAUCACCACGUGAAGUGAAACAAAUUUUUGUAUUUUGUGUAUAUAAAUUAGUAAAAUUUUGAUUUGAAAUUAAUUGAAAAGUAAAUUUUAACGACAAAGCUCUUGUGUUAAUACGAAAAAAAAUAUAUAAAUAUAUAUAAUUAGAAUGGCUUUGCGUGUUCAGUUUGAAAAUAAUGACGAUAUUGGCGUCUUCAGCAAAUUAACAAAUUCUUACUGCCUUGUUGCAAUUGGAGGUUCUGAAACGUUUUAUAGCGUAUAUGAAGCAGAAUUGGCUGAAACAAUUCCGGUUGUGCAUGCUAGUGUUGGCGGAUGCAGAAUAAUUGGCAGACUUACAGUUGGAAAUCGUAAUGGCUUAUUGGUUCCAAGUUCUACUACAGACGUUGAAUUACAACAUUUGCGCAACAGUUUACCAGACGCUGUUAAAAUUCAACGUGUUGAAGAACGCUUAUCUGCACUAGGCAAUGUCAUUGCCUGCAAUGACUACGUUGCUUUGGUUCAUCCAGAUCUUGACAAAGAAACGGAAGAAAUUAUCGGAGACGUUUUGAAUGUUGAAGUUUUCCGUCAAACAAUAGCAGAUAACACAUUAGUAGGUUCAUAUACAGUUCUUAGUAACCAGGGCGGCAUGGUGCAUCCGAAGACUACCAUACAGGAUCAGGAUGAAUUAUCAUCGUUGCUACAAGUUCCCUUGGUGGCUGGUACAGUAAAUCGUGGUAGUGAAGUAUUGGCUGCCGGUAUGGUUGUAAAUGAUUGGAUUUCAUUUGUUGGCAUGAAUACUACCGCUACUGAAAUUUCUGUUAUUGAGAGUGUCUUUAAAUUGAAUCAAGCUCAACCCUCGACAGUUACAACAAAAUUACGUGCUGCUCUCAUAGAGGAUAUGUCGUAAAAUAUUGAGGUAUUUGCAGAUAGUCUGUGGAUGACCAUUUUAUAGGAAUAUAAUAUUAAGUUUAUCUAAAAAAUAUUUUUCAAAAUUAUUUUUAUCAAAUAAAUAAUAUCAAUUUCUUUGAAGGAUUA